CGUUUGCUUAUCAACAGCGCGAACACAAUAGACACAGACACGCGCGCGCGUGUACACGAGAGCGUGCGGCGUUUAAAGGAAAGCGCGAGUUCUGUCUCUAAACUCUGUGCUUCAGAUUUUUCGAUUACUUCGUGCAGUGACGUCAGUUCGUGGGUUGUUUGUAAUUCAGAAACAGACGGAGGACUAUCAUAACAACACUGGAGAGCAACAUAACAGAUCCCGGAGAAACAUUUUGAUAUGAGAUGACGGCAGACUCCUUUGGCAGUUUGAAGUGGUGUCCCCGUGGUCUACUCAGUGCUGAAAGGACAGGAGCAGAACCCAACAGUGACCGAUAGACUGGUCUUUGUUUUCGGCUCAUCUUCAGCGGCCUCUUGGUUUUCAUCAGGAUGGUGCAUUCAGCAUCACUUCGUGCCUGUCUGUCUCUUCUGACUGUCCUCAGUUGUCAUUCUCAUGUCCUCCCCCGACUCUCUUUUCCCAUGGGUAGUCCAGGACGUUCACUCACUGUCUUCAGAAACCCUGAUGUCUACAACACCACCACACUGUUGCUUAGCAAUGAUGAGGACACUCUAUUCGUCGGAGCACGUGAUGCUGUUCUCACAAUCAGUGUCAGUCAGCCUGAUGCCAUGACCUUGAAGGAAAAGCUGGACUGGUCUGCGUCAGAAAAAGACCUCACUGACUGUGCCAUGAAAGGCAAAAUGAAGAUGGAUUGUCAUAACUUUGUGAGGGUUUUGCAAGUGCUAAACUCCACCCAUAUGUACGCCUGUGGAACAUUUGCCUUCAGCCCGCGCUGCAUCUAUAUCAAUUCAAAUACAUUUGCAAUGGCUACAGGCCCGAGCGGUAAGCCAGAAGAAGGCAGAGGCCGCUGUCCUUACGACCCGUACCAGAAGAACACCGCCAUAACUGUGGAUGGAGAACUGUACACUGGAACAGUGGCAGACUACAGGGGAACUCGGCCUGUGAUUUCACGCCACUUGAGCGAAGGCAGCCAUGUAGAUCUGAAACUGGAUGAUACGCUUGGCUGGUUAGAAGAUCCUACAUUCAUCAGUUCCACAUAUGUUCCCAGUGAGGAGAAGGUUUAUUUCUUCUUUAGUGAGACCGGAAAAGAAUACGACUUCAUUGACAAGUUAACAGUGUCUCGCGUUGCCCAAGUUUGCACCAGUGAUGUGGGAGGUCAGCGUACUCUGCAAAAGCGCUGGACCACCUUUGCCAAGGCUCAGCUGCUCUGUCAAGCUGACCAAGAGCUGCCCUACAACAUCCUGCAGGACAUUGUCAGCCUUCCACCACCAGAGGGCACGUCUGAGGACCAAACUCUAUUCUAUGGGGUCUUCACUUCUCAGUGGCAAGUCAACUUGGGUCGCUCAGCCGUGUGUGCUUUCAGCCUCGAAGACAUUAAAAAGGUUUUUACAGGACGUUACAAGGUUCUGAAUCGGGACACUUUAAAAUGGAGCACACGGAUACAGGAGCAACUGGCCAAUCCUGGAGAGUGUGGGCUCCAUAAUGCGUCGGACAGCACUCUGCGCUUUGUGAAGGACAACUUCCUGACUGAAAAAAGUGUUUCACCGGUCAAUCAGGGCCUUGAACUGGUGUCACCUGAUAGGAGCUACAGCAACAUCGCAGUUCAGAGAGUCCGUGGAGCACGCGGCAGAGAUUACACUGUGCUUUACCUGCUCACGGAGUCUGGAUACCUGCACAAAGCUGUGCUCUUGAAGAACGGAGCACACAUCAUUGAGGAGAUCCAAGUGUUUCAUCAACCUCAGCCGGUCAAAAACCUCCUGCUGUCAGUCACUAAGGGUGCAGUGCUGAUAGGCUCUUCAGAAGGAGUCGUUUCCGUACCCGUGUCCAACUGCUCGUACUACUGGAGCUGUGCUGAGUGUGUUUUAGCCAGAGACCCUUUCUGCGGCUGGGACCCUGUGAUGAAGCUCUGCACAGACAUGCACACUCAUGACCAUCUUGUCCAGGAUGUAGAUGAGGGAAAUGUUUCAGCGCAGUGUACAUACGUGUCCUCCAGGUCACGCUCUGGCCAGUCCCAGACCUCCUCAACUGUGUGUCCUCCAGGUGAAGUAGUGUCCGUGUCUCUAAACGAAGUAGUGCACCUGCAGUGCCCAGGAGCGUCACACCUCGCCGAACGCCACUGGGAGCGUCUCAACAGCCAGCUCUCGCCCAAAAUCUACAUUCAGUCAGACGACGGCAGCCUCCGCUUUGUGGCGACCCCGUCCACCCUGGGACACUACCUGUGCCAGUCUGUGGAGAACGGCUACACCCAAACACUGGUCGUCUAUCACGUUAAGCAGAAGAGCAGCCCCACCCUCCUACCAGCCACCCCGAACCGCCCAUUCAUCACCCCGUCCACCGAAGCAGGAAAUAAAACCCCUGUCCUCAUUCCCAGACUCACUGCACCCAAACAGACGGAGCCGAGGCCUAAACCAGAGGAUGUGCAUCCUACAGUCCCACUCAAAGAUUCGCCGGUGGCCACCACGCACAAAAGCAGGAACUUUACUCGAUUGCUUGGCACGGACAAGGAAAAUUCCCGAAUGACUGAGCCCGGUGAAAACCUCCAGCAAGCGGACAAGCCCAGCUACUUCCAGGAGCUAGUGGUGGUGUCCGUUCUAUUAGCCCUGUGCGUCAGCGCCUUGCUAAUGAUCGCUGUUAAGAGAUUCAGGCACCUUUAUCACGGCAGGACUGUCCCGCAAGCGGCUUCCUCUCGCAGGGACGCUGAGAAUGGCGGAUGUGCAACACCCCAGGAGAGGGAGUCUCUCAGAGGACACUCACCUCAUCUGGAAAAGCGAAACGGACAAGCUCCUAACGGACAGGCACAUGAUGGCAAAUCUCCCAUCACACUCAGCAACAGUUUGCUGAACAGCUCGAAUGGUCACCUGCCCAACACACCCAUGUGAUGUGCUCCUCUAGUGUUCUAGGUUCACUGUUAAACUCUUUUCUGAGCCAAACUGGGCUUCUGCAGUCGAGUCCUGUCGCUAAACCACUUUGCAGUUGCAGAGGAAAAAAAUAAACUGAUUAAAAACGGCACAUUCGACCUUUUUACAAACCUUUUUUUGGAGCUGUAAGACUCAAAUAUCUUUAACUCUGUGUACUAGUGUACAUUUUUCAGGUUGUUAAUAUUUAAGCUGUUAUUUAUGUGACAACUGUUUGUUUCAGUCUGAAGUGUAUCAGAUUGUAUGCCUCUCUAUCAAAAUUUUAUUGACAUCAGGAACUGUUCAAUCAGUUACUUUUUUUAAAUAUUAUAUUAAAAUUUUGAUGGACCUAAAAAUCUAAGGUUAAUAAAAUUACCUAAGAGAGGCAGCUUCACUAAUUAAACUGAUCAUCUGCAAAUAUAAAUUUCAACAACUUGAAAUUUCGUAUUUUUCGUUCUGAUAAUAAGUUUGGUUUCCUAUAUUCUGUUGACUAUAUCGCACAUCUUUUUUAGACUUUGCCUUUGUUCCUCCUCCCCAUCUAAUUCCAGGUUUUGAAUGUUAAGACGAGGUACAUGUCUGUCUAACGUUUUCCUUUCAUAAUCUUUAAAAAGACAGUUCACCCAAAAAUGAAAGUUCUGUCAUUUAUUUAACGUAAUGUUGGUAACCAAACAGUUUCCAUUAACUUCUAUUCUAUUGUAUUGCUAGUCAAUGGGAGUAGAAACGAUUUGGUUAACUGCAUUUUAUAUUAAUUUGGAGAAACUCAGACAGGUUUUGGAAUGACAUGAGGGUGAGUAAAUGUAAGAAUUUUUAAUUUUGGGGCAAAAUGUCCCUUUAAUGUUGCACCAAUGAAAAAAAUGCUUUCAAAGAUGUUUUUCAAGUGGUUUAAUUUAAAUAAGUAUUUAGUGUAACGCAUAAAAAGAAUUGUGCUGAUCAGUAAUGUGCAAGUACGGGUAGAUGUUUUUCUAUCAUUUCUGUGUCAACAUAAGAACAUCUCAAUAUGAAAAUAAUAUUCACAAGUGUUAUUUUGGUAAGUUUGACCUGUUAUAGAUCUCUGACUGCUUGCUUCGUUUAAUAUUGACCACUCUGUCAUAACCGUAAAAUGGCUCCAAAGGUGUGUGUGUGUGUGUGUGUUUUGCCUUUGCACAGCAGUAUAUUCGGCCUGAUUGUAGUUCUUCCAAUAUAUUGGGAGUGACCUGAACUCAACCUGUGGUUUGUCACCGAACGGUACGGAUUUGAAGUCUUCAUUCUGGGGAAAUCACUUGUGAAUUGUGAUAUUGCCAAAUGUGUGUUUUAUAAUCAAGUGACGGAGAACAUGUUCUGUCUGGUGGUUCAAAGAACAGUCUUAUUUUUCUGUUCGUCUUUAGCUGGAUAAGUGAGGCCAAUCGAAGCCCAAUAUGUGAAGCCCGUCACAGGACUAGAUGCAUUCUUCUGCACGCCACUGUUUUUGAAAGACUCUGUUUAUUUUUUUAUGGUUUGAAAAUAAAAGAUACGGAUUUAAAGUGU